AUGGCUAAACGAAAGACGAAGACAGCGGCUCGCUCGUCCAAGCUCGGCGUCAUCCUCUCCCACAAAUCGACAACCAAACCCUCCAGCUACGUCGACACCUUCGACCUCCGUGUCCUCCCCGCCAAUCCGCCGUAUCCCGCCUUCUGGAUCAGCGAGUCCAAAGCCCAGCUCAUCGACCCCGAUGCCGUCUGCUACUUUUAG